AUGGAAAAGCUAUUCAAGUCUAGAUAUUUACUAUACGCUUUCCAAAAAUCAAAAACCAUGGGCAGCGCACCACCCUCCGGCGGCCCCCGAACCGGUAUCCCUUCCAAAGCAGGCACACGCCGCGGCGGCGCCGGGGCUGAACCCACACCGGCCACCAAUGUAGACCACGACGGCCCUCAUGCCCACAAGCAACUCGACCCGUCCCAGUCCGAAGCCGUACUGGGGAGUGCAAGGAAGCAUCACGGACACAGCGAGUCGACGGGUUCAUCGAUGUUCUCUUCCCUGGAAGAUCAGAAGAAGCACGGUGAGGAGAUGCAGGGGUUUGAAGGGGGCCAUCCAAAGCUGGAGAGCUAUUCGUUCGCGGAACAGAAGCCGGGAAGUAAGAGUUUGGCGGGUCAGUUUAUGGAGAAAUUCAGAUAA